AUUUUUCCAGACUAUAUGCCAGGUCAGGACAGAGCGGAGUUAUUGGAGGCACUGGGCUGUGGGGCUGGGGAAGGAAGAGGAUUCUCUGUACUGUACCUGCGGAUUAUUCUGACAUUCCCGGAUCCCUUUCAGAGCCGUCUCCUUGUGAAUGUUCUUGGAUUCUGUCCCAUCAGCUCCUUGGACCCCAGUGAGAGUUAACCCAGCUGAGUGAUAUUGGGGUGACGUAGUGAAGGAAAAGACCACCUCCAAAAGAAACUUUAUCCUUGAGGUUGUCAAUGUGUAACCUGAGACUGGAGUGAGUCGGGUAAGGCAGUGCACCCAUGGGCUAAGUGCACACAAUACUCUGUGGAUUGAGGACCUGGGAUGCUGAACAUGGCUCUGCUAGUCUGGUCCAGUUUGGUGGUGGCAUCUCUGCACCUCUUUGCCAUCUCUGCCUACCCCAGCCGAUCAAAAUAUACAGUCAUCAAUGAGAACUGUCCAGGGGCUGAAUGGAACAUCAUGUGCCGAGACUGCUGUGCAUAUGACCAGGUGGAGUGCACGUGUCCCGGCGGCAACCAGAAAGUGGGGUACACAAUCCCCUGCUGCCGCAAUGAAGAAAAUGAAUGUGACUCCUGCCUCAUUCACCCAGGCUGUUCUAUCUUUGAAAACUGCAAGUCAUGCUACAAUGGCUCCUGGGGAGGGACCCUGGAUGACUUCUAUAUAAAGGGGAGUUACUGCUCGGAGUGCCGGAUGGGCUGGUACGGGGGCGACUGCAUGAGAUGUGGAGAGGUGAUCCAGGCAGCGCGGGGGGAGAUCAUGAUGGAGAGUUACCCUUUUAACGCCCGCUGUGAGUGGAGCAUCCAGGUGACGCCAGGGUAUACAGUGGAGCUCAGGUUUGGGAUGCUGAGUCUGGAGUUUGAUUACAUGUGUCAGUAUGAUUACUUGGAGGUGCGAGACGGGGAUAAUGUGGACGCAAAGAUCAUCAAGCGCUACUGUGGCAACCAGCGCCCCCUCUCACUGCGCAGCUCUGGGAAUUCCCUGCACCUUUACUUCCAGUCUGACGGGUCCAAAAAUUUUGAUGGGUUCUACAUCAGCUUUGAAGAAGUUACAGCCUGUUCUACAACACCCUGUUUCCAUGAUGGUACUUGCAUCGCAGAGAAGUCAGGAACCUAUAAGUGUGCGUGUCUGGCUGGGUACACGGGGAGACACUGUGAAAGUGUAAUUGAAGAGAAGACCUGCAAGGACCCUGGGGUCCCACUGAAUGGCUACAGGAAGCUCUCCGAAGAGGCCGGUCUGAGCCUCAUUCACCAUAUGAAAGUCGGUUCCAAGAUUCACUACUUCUGCAACAAUUCCUAUGUUCUCAGUGGCAACCAGGAGAGGGCGUGCCUGGAAGGGGGGCAGUGGUCUGGAAAGCAACCCAUCUGCAUUAAAGCUUGCAAGGAGCCAAAGGUCCCAGAUUUGGUACGACAGAAAGUGCUUCCAUCCCUGGUCCAGUCACGGGAAACCCCUCUCCACCAGUUAUACUCUACUUCAUUCACCAAGGAAAAAAGUGAUAUUUUGCCAACCAAGAAACCAGCCUUACCUCCCAGAGAGCUGCCUCCUGGCUACCAACAUCUGCACACCCAGCUGCAGUAUGACUGUGUGUCUCCCUUCUACCGGCGCACUGGGAGCAGCAGAAGAACCUGCCUGAAGACUGGGAAGUGGAGCGGGAGAGCACCAUCUUGCAUUCCUAUCUGCGGGAAGCUUGGGAACUUCAACAUAACCCAGUUGGGAGAACAGAGGUGGCCUUGGCAGGCAGCACUGUACCGCAGAUCGAAUGGGGUGAAGGAUGCCAACCUGCGGAAGGGCACCUGGGUAUUGGUUUGCAGUGGAGCCCUACUGAAUGAGCGGACGGUGGUGAUUGCGGCACACUGUGUAACAGACCUAGGGAAGAGCUCAAUCAUCAAAGUGUCCGAGCUGAAAGUGGUCCUGGGUAAAUUCUACAGAGACGAUGACCGUGAGGAAAAGAGCCAGCAGCAUUUGCAUAUCUCAGCUGUGAUUGUGAAUCCAAACUACGACCCCAUCUUGUUGGAUUCUGACAUUGCAGUGAUCAAGCUGUUGGACAAGGCUCGGGUGAGUGACCAUGUGCAGCCAGUGUGUCUCACUUCGGCCAUUGAGAUGAUGACAUCUCCCCAAGAAUACACCAUUGUUAUCAGUGGGUGGAAGAUCCUUUCUGAUCCCAGGGCCCCCGGUUCUAAGAACGAGACAAUUAGGGCUGGGGCCAUAGAACUAGUGGACUCUCUGCAGUGUGAGCAGCAGUACGAGGAGAAUAGUAUCUCUGUUAGCGUCACGGAAAGCAUGUUCUGUGCAAAGCAAGAGCCAGGGCCUUCUCCCAAUAUAUGCCCUUCGGAGACCGGUGGCAUCUCCACGGUGCUGCUUCCAAGUUCAACAUCUCCAGAAGGCAGCUGGCACUUAAUAGGACUAGUAAGCUGGGGCUACGACAAGUCUUGUAGAAAGGAUCUCUACACGGGGUACACCAGGGUAGUCACCUUUAAAGAAUGGCUGGAAAAGAAUAUGAAAUGAACUCUGAGUGGGGAAGAAUAUGUCUGAUCUUAAAUAAAAACUUUAUUCUAUGAUUUCUGCUAUAAAACAACUUAGUAGGUUGACUCCUAUCAUCUCAACCUUUUGGCCUUCAGAACUGUCCCUCCUGGAUUUUUUUGUCCUCUAGGAACUUCUUCUUAGGUAAAUUACUACAGCCUCUCCCAGAAUUACUCAGGUCAAGAAGUCUAAUUGUCUGUAGGUAUGUCUUCUUUGCUGCUCUCUUUACCAUGGUCAGUUAAGGUGGAAGAGCUAAGAUCUGAUUGAAAAUCAUUGGAAACCACCAUGACCACUGGAAGUAGAGCAAAAAUUGGAGGUGCAUUGGAUUCACUUAAUUUCAUCCAAUGUGAACUAAGUUUGAAAAAGUCUUUGCUCCAGUUUGAGAGUGGUCCCAACACUUCUGCUGCCCACCAAACAGAGGGACCCUGUUUUCUCUCCAGACAGACACAUUACAGCAGUAGUAGCAGUAGUAGCCCCUUAUAUACUCAGUGUUGCCACUGUUUCUCUUCGUGUUCAAUGUGCAUUGGGAUAAUUUGAUUCUUUCUCACGGUUGGACUGAUUUGCUGGGGUACCAGAGGAUCUCCUGCUGAGCCCCCGCCAAGGACAAUUCCCAUCAGCCCUUUCCUUUCCACCAUAGGUCUAAAUGGUACUGUCUGCAUCUAAUUGUUGAAAGGAUGGGCUCCUGAUGUCAGGAUCUCUGGUUGGGCCCUUAAUGUCAUAUUCUCUGGUGAUCCCUCAAUUUCAUGCUCUCUAGAGAUCCCUCAGUAUCAUGCCCUCUUGUAGUCACAGGUGGGCCCUUUGGGGGCCUUGUCAGUCACUGUCAUGGCGGUACAACCAUUGGUCUUGAUGCAACUAUUCAGCUAAUGAAUAUCUCAUUAUACAAACUUAUCAACAUCGCUAGACUUUUCUCUUCUUACUAACCUCAUUGGCUGGUUCCGGUAUCAAUGCUGUGAGAUUUACUUCAGCCCUGGGCUUUGACCAAACUAAAGCAACAGACUCAUCAUCUAAUGGCUCCUCCUGAGCUGAACAAUGCACUCUAAUAGCUACCGGACUGUGGAGAAGUGACUGGAUGCAAGUUCUACAGUAUAUGUCAGAGCAGAACAUCGUAAUAUAAAUCAGUGAUGAGUAUGACUGCGAGCUAGACAUAAGAAUGUUGUUUAUUCAUCACUGUCUUCUCAGUUUAGAAAAUAUUACUGCUGGAUAAGGUUUUAUGAUUAAAAGAAGAAAUUAUUGUUAAAAUAGUCUAGAGAUCUGACUGAGGAGUCACUGAAAUGACCACUAGGUGUCAGUAUGAUCAAAUAUAUGGAUUUUCUUCCCAUUAAUCUGCGGUAAAUUGUCUCAAUGAUGUACAAAUGUAACGCUUUGUUUAUUGAUUUGUUUUUAUGAAAUUGCUUAACAGGA